AUGGAUCCCGACGCACCGCCUCUAUCGCCAGCACCCUCAGAGACUCGGUUUUCUGAACCGUUGAGUUCGCUAAACUCUCAGGCCACCGACUACCAACACCAAUCGCUCGACCCGCUCGAAGAAUUUGAUCGUCCACGAUGCGCCCUCAAGCGAUUGAGUCAUCUUCACGUACUGGUGGGAGACGGCUUCAAGAAAGGAAGAUACGUUAUUCUUCGGAAGCUAGGUCACGGAUCGUUCGGUACUGUCUGGCUGGCGCGCGACAAAAAAUCGAAGACUUUUGUGGCCCUGAAAAUUCUGUCAUCCGCAGCCACCAAGAAAAUCCACGAGGGCGAGAGCGAGGAGAUGAUGGUCGUAGACCGUAUGAUCGAACGGCAAGGUCAACAAGACUCACAAUGGCUUCGCCGUUUCGGUCGCUUUCUCGAACUUUUCGAUCAUCGCACUCAGGAUGACGUCCGGCACGCUUGCAUCGUGAUGGAGCCCCUGGCUUGGGAUCUCUAUGUGCUCGAACAAGUCACUCCUGCUCGGGGCUUUUCACUUCGCACGUGCAAGAGUAUCGUCCGGCAGAUUCUCGUCGGUUUGGAUGGUCUGCAUCAAGAGAUGAACACGGUCUAUGCAGACCUCAAGCCGAACAAUAUUCUAAUUCGCCCCGAGCAGAUGGAAUCGAUUAUCAGGGCUGAAUUACUCGACAAUCCGACUUUAACGAAGCGCAAUCGACCUCACUACCUUCCGAAAGGCUUGAUUCGAUAUUGGUCGCAGCCGAUUCCUCCUUGGCUCGAUGCGGGAGAGGUAUUUCCAGAAAAAACACAACAUCUAUGUUAUCGGGCGCCGGAGGUCUAUCUGGGCUACCCUUGCACAGGCGCGCUUGAUAUUUGGGCUCUCGCUUGUACCACUUUCUGGUUCGUAACAGGCGGCACACUCUUUGAAGAUCGCCUCGGGUUCAUCGAGCCUGAAACACAACUCGCCAAUAUAGUCGAGGUUCUGGGUACCAACAUACCGAUUGAAAUGAAAAAUCGUAGUCAACAUUGGGACAGGUACAUCGAUGAAGAGGGUGGGUGUGUUCGCCCGUCUCGUACAGCGCGUUUCUGCGUCGAAGACUGA